AGUAAGCUAGAUGUACUCAGUUUCAUGUCUCACGAAACUUAUUGCCUUCUUUACUACAUCUAAUCAAUCUAUCAAUCAACAAAGUAAACAAACAUGUUGUAGUCAUCAUUCUCUUUUGAAGUUUUAGAAACAUAAUUUGAAAUUGCGAAACCAAUAGGAAUCUAAUACUUUUAAGAUAUCUGAUUGUGUUAAAAGGAACUUUUUGUGAUAAUGGAAUCUGAAAAAAUUUCUGAAGCAACUUCAACAGAAUCUAAUGAUGUUGCUAUCGAAAAAUUCUUAAAAGACUUAAAAGAAGAAAAACUGAAGUUUUCAAAAGAAAUAGCCUGUGAAACUGUCAAGCUUUUAGAGAAAAUAAUAACAAAUUCUCACUUAGAAACUGCGAAAGACAUAAUGGAACUCAUUAAAAAUGUUGGCAAAAGAUUAGACGAGUCAACUAACCAAGCUACUCACACGGUCGUUGGAAACAUGGUAAAACGAAUCCUGAAAAUAAUUCGAGACGAAUAUUCUACUGCUAUGGGUAAAGUAGAUGAAUAUGAGCAGCAGGAAUCGCUUCAAAAAAUGCUUGUGGCCGAAGAACAACUGGAUUUUACCAAACAUUUAGAUUCCUUAAAAAAAUCAAUUUCAGCCAACCUCCGAGAAUUAAUGGAAGAGUUUGAAAGAAGCUCACAAGACAUAGCUGCACAAUCCCAAGAACAUAUUCAUUUUGGAGAAGUUAUUUUAACCUUUGGACAUUCAAGAACAGUAGAAAAGUUUUUGAAGAAAGCAGUCAAGCGAAAAUGUGAAGUUUUAGUAGCAGAAGCAUUUCCCUCUCUUGGCGGUCAUGAUCUGGCCAAAAGCUUAGCAGAAAGUGGUAUUCAAACAACUUUGAUACAAGAUGCUGCUAUUUUUGCCCUUAUGUCCCGAGUAGACAAAGUUAUAGUUGGGACGCACAGUGUCAUGGCGAAUGGUGGAUUAAAAGCUCUUUGUGGCACCCAUGCCUUAGCUCUUGCUGCCAGACAUCAUUCGAAGCCUUUCAUAGUUCUUGCCCCAAUGUUUAAAUUAACUCCACAAUAUGUGACUUCAUCUGACCAAGAAGGAUUUAAUCAUAUGAGGGCUCCUGAAGAACUCAUUCCGUUUGAUGACAGUGCAUUGUUUGAUGGCGUUGAAGUAAUAAAUCCAGCAUUUGAUUAUGUUCCACCUGAACUAAUAACAUUGAUGAUUUCAAAUAUGGGCGGAAAUGCUCCAUCCUAUGUCUACAGAUUGCUCUCUGAAAUGUAUCAUCCAGAUGAUUACUCUUUUUAAUUAUCGAUUUAUGUGUCUAGACAUUUUAAGAAAUUUAAUUGAAAUUGAUACGUUAUUAAAUAAAUUAUUUUCCGAAAAUUCAAA